CAACGUAAAUGACGCCAGAAGUUGCCAGUUAUUCAUCAUUUUUGGGAACCUUCUCAGUUAAAACGUCUAAUAUAGUCUAUGUUUCAUUUUUUGGUGUACAUUAAGUGUCGUGUGAAGUCAUCGUGAAUCGUGUUGAGCCAGUGAUCAUGAAAUACCCGAGCUCUUGCCGAGUACCUGAAGGCCACAAAAGUUCAACGUUUUUGUUUAGAUUUCUGGGAUAAAGAUGGAGAGGACGCCAAACAGUGUGAACAACUGUUUCACACCAGCUCAAAGUUUGGGACAGAACCACGAAGGUGCGUUGUGUCGUUUUGAAGCAUUCGACCCAGGGGGGACGGCUACGUCGCACGAUGGCCCAUGUGACCAGAACCAGGAUGAGAUCAUGAGCAGAAGACUGAGCGAACAGGGACGAUUCGCUCAUGCUGCAGUAUGUGCUGUCUCACUGGGCCAGUUGUUUGCUGGACCUGAAAACAGCACAUUUCGGGAACAGUAUCUACAAGGUCUUGUCAGGUGGCUGGGCUUGGAUGAGUCUGUGAUGCCAGUCAUGGGAGCAUUUCUAAGUGGUUUGGGCUGUGAAGGUGCCGACACGUUCCUCUCUGUCCUGCAAACAGAGCCGCUGCUUGCUGAGGGGGCAACCCCCAUCAUUCAGGAUCUGGUGUCGUAUUCGAUCAAAGAUGGCCAGUAUGAUGCCAGAGCAAGAGUUCUCAUCCGGCAUGUCUGCUGUCUGCUCAGAGUCGCUGUUGAGCAGAUGGAGGAGUUUGAGGAAACGCUGGGAGAGAGUCUGAGGGAGAAAGUGGAGGAAAGCGAAGAGGAAUCUUCACGGAGGCAGAAGCGAGAAAGAGGGCGGAAGUUACGGCGCUACUUUCUCAUUGGACUCGCCACUGUUGGUGGCGGAACUGUGAUAGGUUUGACUGGCGGCCUGGCAGCACCAUUGGUGGCAGCAGGUGCCGGCGCUGUCAUCGGUGCUGGAGGAGCUGCUGCACUGGGCUCAGCCACUGGCAUCGCAAUAAUGGCCUCCUUGUUUGGGGCAGCCGGUGCUGGACUGACGGGUUAUAAGAUGAACAAAUGUGUUGGUGCAAUUGAGGAGUUUGAAUUCUUGCCACUGAGCCCUGGGAAGCAUCUUCAUCUCACCAUCGCAGUGACCGGCUGGCUCUGCAGCGGCAAAUACAGCUCCUUCCAGGCCCCCUGGUCCUGUCUCGGGGAGUGUGGGGAGCAGUACUGUCUGGUGUGGGAGUCCCGGUUUCUUCGAGAUCUUGGCUCGAUUAUGGCGUCCCUGUUAGAUGGUCUGGUCAGCAUGGUAGCCCAGGAAGCCCUCAAGUACACAGUGUUAUCAGGUAUAGUGACGGCUCUGACCUGGCCAGCUUCCUUGUUAGCGGCAGCCAGUGUCAUCGACCAUCCGUGGUGCGUUUGUCUGAACCGCUCUGCUGAGGUGGGGAAACAUCUGGCACAGGUUUUAAGAAGCAGACAGCAGGGGAAACGCCCAGUCAGCCUCAUCGGCUUCAGUCUUGGUGCUAGAGUCAUCUAUUUCUGCCUGCAGGAACUUGCCAAUGAUCAAGGCUGUGAAGGUGUAGUGGAGGAUGUCGUCCUCUUGGGGGCCCCAGUGGAUGGCUCUGAGAGGGCUUGGAAGAGAAUGACGAGGGUAGUUGCUGGGAAAAUAGUAAACGGGUACUGCAGAGGAGACUGGCUGCUUGGAUACUUGUACCGAGGCUCAGCAGCACAGCUGUCGGUCGCUGGUCUGCAGCCAGUCAACAUCCAAGAUCGGCGCAUCAUCAAUGUAGAUCUGUCUUCGGUGGUGAAAGGUCACCUGGACUACAUGCGCCAAAUGGACACCAUCUUAGUGGCAGUUGGGGUUCCGACCAAAGAAGUGCCUGGCGCAGCUAUCGCUCUUCCUCCGGAUGAAAGUAGGUCAGAAGGGUUUGUCGACGCUGUGGGUCAGUCUCUGGCAAACCCUGAAGGGGAAGAGGGUGAAAAGGCCGGAGCAGCAGAGGCCGGAGCAGCAGAGGUGGACAGCGGCUGGGACAUCCCGGAUAUCUCCGACCUGCUGGACACGUUGAGUGACGCUCAGACUGAGAGUCCGAGUGAACCGGACAUGAGUUUCCCUGUUGUGUCUGAAGAAGACCCUGAGAAUGUAUGUUCUGUGAAGGAACCCUGCGUCACGGACAAAGUGGCCGACCCGGAUUCUGAACCCAUCUCAUGGAGUUGGGACGACACCCACUGGACCACAGAACUCACACAAGAACCAAAACUCCAUCAAAGCUAAACACCCUCAUCAUGAAACGACUGAACAUCUAUUUAAAGCAGCUCACCAAUGUUUUAGCCUUCAUUGAAUAUGAGGUGACACCAUUCAUGUUGUUGGUAUUAAUAUUACCUAACAUAAUGCAGUCUGUCCACAGACAGUUAAUGCUUCUGUUGUUUCCUCUCAAGUCCUGUGAAGUGCUUCUAAAUCGUGUAAGACUAUUUUACUGACUGAUCCUGAAGUGAAUGUGACUAUUGUGCAACUAAAGAUGGUUGCCAUGGAAAUCAUUGCAGGUUUUUGCUCAGGUGUAAUUCAAUUGGCUGAAUUUCCUCUGGAGGAGAAGUUGUCCUCUCAUUUUACCACUUCUGUUCAGAGGAACUGAUGGGAGAGUUAUGCAGCGUCAAUCCAGGGUCUCCACCUGAUUGGGUAGCAACAGCGGCAUAUGGAUCCCAGCAUGCUCGGCAUCGAGCAGGUUGACGGCAUCAGUGGCUGUCGCAGGGUGAUGUAUGGGGUCGGAGGCCAGGGGAGAAGGCAAGGUGCUGACAAUGUUUGGCUCUCCAGAAUUCCGCAGGGAAAGGGAGAGCGCAGGAGAGGGACGUCGUGGGGACUGAGAGGAGCAGCAGGGCAUCAGCUUCCCCAGUGCUCGCUUGAAGUCUCUCAUGAACAGUGGGUAGAUGAUGGGGUUCAUGGUGCUGUUGCAGUAACCCAGCCAGGUGAUGGCGUCGAAGAGCGCAAGAGGGACGCACUCGCACACAGCCUGGGAGAGAAGAAGCAUCAUCAAGUUUUACCAGUAUAUCACUCUUAUACAAAGCUAGAAACAAGACAGAAAAUGUCAAACUGCCUGUGUAUCAAAUGUGAUCCAAUAUACUGCUUCUACUUCAGUAUCAUCAGACCAACACGUCUCUUUCUGCUCCUUAUAUCAGAUCCUCUCCGAAUAGAACUGGCAGUUUGUUCGUGACCGCUUAAAAAAAAAAAGUGAUGUGUAGAGAGGAAUGGAGAAGGAGGAGACAGCUGUUAGAGGAGCUUCCAAUACCGUGAAGGAGGGGUGAGUUUCACACACCACAUUGAGUGUGAAAAGAAGGGAGACACACACACACACACAGUCGAGGCUUUCAGUCCUCCAUGUGAUGCAGGGGAGAAGCGUGAGGGCACAGAUGGGAAAUUAAAAUGACUAGAAGUGUCAUUGUGACCAAUUUAGAUUCUGUUAUUUAUUCUUUUUAACUAGGUUUCCUGGGUGCAAUCGAAUUAAGAUCCAAAGUGGAAGAUAAUAAUUGGCACUUGACUGUGGAUUAAGCUUGAAUUAAUUGCGCUGAAGAAAAAUACAUUUUAUUAGUGACGCUUGAAUUCGUCUUCAUGCCUCAGAUAAUGAGAGCUGACUCACCUGAGCCAUGUUGGUGAUGAAAAAAGGAAGCCAGGCACCGAAGAACAUUCCCAGCAGCACUCCCAGUGUCAGACUGGCCUUCAGCGCCCUGCGACCCUGUCGGUGAGCCAGUCGGCGCUCGCUGUUGGCUGAUGGCUGGAGGAAAAAAAACAGCUUAGAAAUGUAUCAAAAGGAGUUGUUGCCGGAAGUAGAGGACAGAGACGACCAGAAUGGUGUCUCUUGUAUUCAACAAGUAGGUGUUUGCCAGUGUUGUGUACCCAUUUUGUCACCAUAUUGCUUCUUUUUGUAAAAAUGUAGUCAUUUUCAUUUCAUUCAUUUUCACUUUAAAAACAUGCAGCAGUUCUGCGGUGCUGCCUGCUUAUGUCGACACAAUAUUCAGUACAAACAUGGACAGUCCGUCCCCGACCUACAUUGGAUUCCAUUAGAACCUUUGGAGUGACAGAGAACUAAUCACAACCCAUAUGUCCUUCUUGAUCUUAUUCCAUUUUCAUAUUAGGGGAGACAGAAUUGUGGAAUUAUUAUGACAAAAAAAUGACAAACCAAUCUACAUAGCAAAACGAUCAUAAUUCACCAUUGUGGGUUUAACAUCGUAUAUUGCUCCUCAACAUCCCUAUAGAGAAUUUACGGUCACAUCCCUUCAAGUUAAUAGGCGCUACUAUAUAUAACCCUCACAUAAUCUCAUCAAAUCCCCACAAAAGGUCGUCCAUAAUUCUGCACAAAUGUAGGUCAAUACCUUGCCGGUCAUGGAAUGUCAUAUACCUUUGUAUUAGUUGGUCGGAUGUUUUAUUUAUAUGGGAUUGGCAUUUGAGAAUGCUUACCGGCAUAUUGUGUGGCAUUUGAUGCUCCUGUUGACUGCAGUCAUCCACAUCCUGUUGAGCCCCAGGAGAAGGAGGUCGAGAUGGUUCCCCAAGAGAUGGAUAUGGAUGUGGAGGGUGGCUGAGAGCAGCGACCCUCUUGGCCUGUCUGCGUGCUGCGAGAAGAAUCCUGCAGUAGGUAAAGCAAAUGGCGCUGGAGGGCAAAAAGAAAGUCAGGACGGAGGCCACCAGAGCGAACGGCAGGGUGACCUGAAGGCGACACUGGAAGGAGAGACCUCCAGACGCCUAAACUGUGCCAUUUCAUCUUGAUGGGAAGGAAGGAUGUUAGAGCUGCCAACCCCCAAGCCGCUGCCACCAGGAGCAGAGCCCGGGGAGGCGUCAUCCUUUGCUUGUAGCGAAGCGGAGAGAUGAUAAACAAGUAGCGAUCCAGGCUGAUCACACACAGAUUGAGGAUGGAGGCGCUGCAGCACAUGACAUCGAAGCAGAGCCACACAGGGCAAAAGCCCGGCCACAGCACCCAGGCCCCGCACAAGACGUCCAGCAUGGCAGGUGGCAUCACCACGAGUGCCACCAUCAGGUCGGAGAAGAACAGCGACACCAGGAAAGAGUUGGAGGUGCACCUGAGAGAGCGGUGUGCAAAGACCAGAGCGAUGAGGAGCGUGUUGCCACAAACCGUCACCAGGAUGAUCACAGUCAGCAUGAAAGCCAGCAGCCACGGGCCACUGCCGUUGAUGUUCCAGGCACUGAUGUGUGGAGAGCUGAUGUUGGAGCUGCUCCCCAGGUGAGUGUCAACCAUCUUGCUGAGAAACAAUGUAGGAGCUCAAAGAAAAGUUUCCGAGUCCAAUGGCUUUCUAAAGCUGAUCCAAGCAGUUGGGUUCCCUCGUAAACAUCUUGCCCUCUUCUCCGGUAUCAAACACUUUGGCUCAUCCCUCCCUUCAGGCUGGCAUGUCUCUCCCCCCGCCAUAAGCCAGAAUGAACCAUUCAGUAUUUUCCAAAGGGUUUUUCAGCCGCAUGACACAGUGAUGACAGUCACAGGAGGAGGCGGGCGCACCACAACAUGAGUCAUAAAUAGGCAUAACACCAUCAGAACCUGAGAGAGUAACAACAGAUGAAAAAAAUAAUGUAAACUGAAAGGAACAGAAGAGCCUCCUUCAGCGAGACAGAGAAACAAAGAAGCCGUCACAAGUGUCUGUGGGUAUCGUGCUUCUCGUUCUGCCGCUCGUCCUGGUUAAUCCCCACGCCGGCCACUCCAGCCACAGCAACCGAGAUCGUGCGUGUCAAAGCAUCGAGCUGUCGAUGCAUGAGCGUCCUCAAUCACAUCCACGACAUGGCAACUCCGCAUCACAGAAGCCCGUGUGGGUGGUGAUUUUCUAUGUUUGGUCAUGGUGGAUUUAGACGUCGAGCUGAAACUUUCACUGCUCCCUGUGAGGAAUUGGAGGUGAUGCCAGCAGCAUCAUGAAGAUUCCAGUCGCGUGCUUCAUACCGUUUCUAAAUUAUCUACGGCUUCCAUCUUAACUACAGUCGACAUUUUAUCAUCUUUCCAAUGAGAAAUGAAUCAUUCACACAGGCUCUCUUCAAACCAAACUUUCUUCAAACAAGGAGUACCAGAUUAAGGUACAGGUUUUCUGUCAAAGUCAAAUAAAAGGGUCAUAUUUAUUCUAAAACCUUAAUCCAGAAUGCAAUAAUCCCCACCAUCACUACCCCUCAUCCAGGCUGCUGCCAACCCUCUGACCCAUUUCAUCAUCACUGAACCCACCACCUUAUGCUUCGGCAAUUACCUGUCACCACCUCUCCUUCCAUCUGAACGCCUUUCAGAAAAACCCACUCAAGUUUCAGGAUAAUUGGAGCAAUUCAUGGUGGCAAAAAUACUUGACUCCAAUCGCUGACGCCAGAGCCGCAAUUAAACCCUGGAGUGUUUGUGCUGAAGAGCGUUUAUUGUUUGUGGCCAUCUCCGCUCUCUCACGCAAAUAAUGAACAAGACUUGUUUGUUGUUGUGGCGAUCAUUUUAUUAAAUAAAUUGUCCUGAAGUGAUUUUUCGACAAGGAGACAAACACAAUCUUCCACCAACAGAACAAAGACUUGUAGUUACGGCUCCUGUUGGGCAACAAAAAGCAGCCGUCAGUACGAUGUUUAUUUAUUUUUAUUUAUUUGUGAGCGUAAAUAAUUGGGCAAACCUUUGCAGCUGUGUGUUGUACAUAAUGUGACCUUAAGUCAUUCUGACAGUUGGCAUAUGCCAUACCAAGUCCAACCCCGGAGCCGAGGGUGAUCGGCCACGUCCGCCCUUGAAGUGGAUAAAGAAAAAGUGUCAUACAUUUCCUCAAUAUUAGAUGAAGUCCACAGUUCUAGUUUCAAGAUGACUUACGCUUAAAGAAGAGGACAGAAAACACAAUUCCGAUUCCCAGUCCAGUGCCUAGAAACAACGUGAACAAAUAUGUGAGGAAAGUUUAUUGUUGUGGUAAACUUAACAAAGUAAUUCGACUUCAUCUUUGACAAAUACAAAUAUCAACCUGCAACUAUGUUGGUAUUUUGAUGUCCUCAUGAUUUUACGUCUGCUCUGGAGCACAUUCCUGUACCACUGCUUAUUUUUUGACGUCAUCAUUGACUCUUUGAAACACCACCACCUUUCUAUGAAAUCAUCGCGACUAAUUUGCUAAUUCAUUUGAAUUAACGGUCAAUUUCAGCCGAUCAACAGCCUGGUUGGCUUCACUUGAAGAUGCAUCCACGUUCCAAUAUCGAAUUGCAAAUUAAUCCGAAUUCAAGUGGGCAGGAAGGAGCCAUUCAACAUUUGCAUCACCAACAAAUAACAUGCUAAUAGUGCUCGGGGUGUCCUUAGGAAGCACUCGUGGCUAGCUGUUUAGCAUGCAGACCAGUCAAUGACAGCGGUUGGAAGGGCUUGAAUCCGUCUUUGCCCGACUCAAUUCAACAACUAUGACGGUGACAUUGCAAACAAAAGAAAUGUAGCUCUUACCGAUCUUAACGACGCUGUCUGCCAAGCAUCGGUCCCACUUUUUCCCCAGCUCCGUCGCAGACAUGCUAAGGGUUAGCAGCAAGCUAGAAGUGUCAAACUCCGGUGACGCAUUCGCGUACAGUUGGAAAUUAGUGUCGCGUUCAAGACAAGGCACACACUCGUUUUUUUCUGUAAAUGUUGUUCAUCCACAAUUGGUAUAUCGAAAAAAAAAACAGAUGCUUGAUCAGAAAAAAAUAAUAAGUGGCCUUAAUUUUCUGCAGAACCGACUAGCCUUUUUGCUGUUUGUCACACAUUACCCAUAUUGUGAUUCUGCAUUGUGAAUUAAAGUUG